AUGUUCGAAUCCUUCGCCAUCCUCCGCAAACAGCGCUCCGACGAGCUAGCCAAGCUAGCCGACGAGCACAUGCAACACGACCUCCAAACCUCAGACCGCGACAAGCUCAAGGCCGCAGCCUCCUCAAUUUCCCUGUGGACAACAGUUGGUUCAGCCGUUGGCGUUAGUAUCGGUCUGUUCGCAGCUAUCCGACUGCGGAGUACGCGGAAGGCGUUUUUCUCUGCGAUUCGGGCGCAGGAGAGGCCUACGAAGGUUGUUUUUCAGGACGGGCGGACUGAAUCCAUUCCCGAUCUGACGCCGUUGUUGAAACCGACUACGUUGGGCGACUUUGCGACGUAUUUCUUUGCUUCGCUUGGUGGGUUGUUUUUGGGUGGGGAACUUGGCUUCGCUGGUGGUGCUGCCAGUGGGACGAGGAGUAUCUCGGCUGAUCCGGAGAGCAAGAGGAGGAUUGAGACUGCGUUCCGGAGGUUCCGUGCUGAUGUAUUGAGGAGACAGGCGGAUGCGCUGGAUAAGGGGGAGAAUAGCUCUGGUUUGACCUAG